UCGGCCCGGGCUCGGGCAACAAUGGCGCUACUGAUGGAGCCGAUACGGCUGGACCGAGACGUGUGUCGAGCUAUUGAGCUGCUGGAGAAGUUGCAGCGGACUGGGGAGGUGCCUCCGCAGAAGCUGCAGGCCUUGCAGCGAGUGCUUCAGAGUGAAUUUUGCGUUGCCGUGCGGGAAGUUUAUGAGCACGUUUACGAGACUGUGGAUAUUAACAGCACUCCCGAUGUGAGGGCCAAUGCCACAGCAAAGGCAACAGUGGCGGCAUUUGCUGCCAGUGAGGGCCACUCUCACCCAAGGGUGGUGGAAUUGCCCAAAACCGACGAAGGACUCGGGUUCAAUAUCAUGGGAGGAAAAGAGCAAAACUCUCCCAUAUACAUCUCCCGCAUCAUCCCUGCCGGCAUUGCAGAUCGACAAGGUGGUCUGAAACGUGGCGAUCAACUCUUGUCAGUAAAUGGAGUGGUGAGUAUAUCGCCAACAACUGGUUUACAACAAAGCUAACCCAGCAUGCAGUGG